UGCAGUCUGAAGAGUAAUCUGAUGCUUCAGUGCCUGUGCAGCGAGUCCUGGAGACUGACUGACCUGCAGCCCAGCUGUCCUCUCCUCUCCUGGUAACCAGUUCCUGUGGGAGUCAUGGGUGGAGGAAUGAGCCAGAUUCUUGAUGGGUUAUACCUUGGAAACAUACGGGAUGCAGAGGACAAGGCGACUUUGUGCAGAAACGGGGUCACACACAUUGUUUCUGUCCAUAACAAUGCCAAACCUUUGCUGCCGGAAAUGGUCUAUCUGUGUGUAGCGGCCUCUGAUUCAAGCAGCCAGAAUCUGAUUCAGCAUUUUAAAAAAUGCAUCAAGUUCAUUCAUGAAUGUCGUCUGCGAGGCGGAGGCUGUCUCGUGCACUGCUUGGCCGGGGUGUCUCGGAGCACAACGAUUGUGGUUGCCUACCUCAUGACAGUGACGCGAUUCGGCUGGGAAGAUUGCUUGUCCGCUGUGAAAUCCGCUAGGUCGUAUGUGGGCCCCAACCUCGGUUUCCAGCAGCAACUGCAGGAAUAUGAAAUUACGUUAGUGAAGGAGUACAGAAUGUGGCUGCUGCAGGAAUAUGGGAGAAAUCUCUUCAACGAUCAAGACAAAGUGCAGCAGUUAUUAUCCCAACAGGAGCAACAGGAGCGUCUCAGAGAGACACAGAACCACUGGAUUAAUAGACCAGAGAUAAACUAUUCACUUCCAUACAAAGCCUAUGGCUCCAAUAGCAGAUGGACCAAGAGAUGACAGUAGAGGCCUGCUAUUAUUGUGACUUGUCUCCUGCACAGUGUAGGCUGCCACGUUUUUUAUUUUGUGGUAGAAUGGGAGGGUGGUCCUGCACUUAAGGGUGGUAUGACGAUGGGGAUGGGAGCUGCUUUAAACUGGAGAUGUCAGGUCUCCUAUUAAGGGUUACAUAUACUGAUAGUUGUUAAAGCACCGCACUUGGUGUCUGUGGGUGACAAGCUGUAGAGUGUGCUUGUGAACUUGUUAUGUUUGGUAAUAAUGACAAUGCAACAGUGUGAGUUGGAAUAGGGUUUAUUGAUUAAUUGGGAGUCACAGGGCUGCACAGGUUUAGGUGUUGUCAGUACAGCAGGUAGGUGUCUAAGGGAUAAAUGAGAGGGUAAAAGAAAUCAGAACUAUAGUGAGUGGAGGUGUCUGUAGGGUGUACUCGGGGAGUACCUUCCAUACAUGCCUGGUCUUUCAGUCAUUGUUAUAAUCCUUGGUUUGUCUGCUGUGCGUCACAGGCCCCCCUCUCUAGGGAUAUCCCUGCAACAACCUUCAAAAAAGUUUGGUAUUUUACUCACGGCUUAACGAAGAAAUUUCUUCGUUCUGGUGAUCGGAGUGUGAUUGACAGGAAGUGGGUGUUUCUGGGCGGAAACUGGCCGUUUUAUGGGGGUGUGUGAAAAAACGCUGCCGUUUCUGGGAAAAACGCGGGAGUGGCUGAAGAAACGGGGGAGUGUCUGGGCGAACGCUGGGUGUGUUUGUGACGUCAAACCAGGAACGAAACUGACUGAACUGAUCGCAGUGGCAGAGUAAGUCUCGAGCUACUCAGAAACUGCUAAGAAAUUUCUAUUCGCAAUUCUGCUAAUCUUUCGUUCGCAAUUCUGCAAAGCUAAGAUUCACUCCCAGUAGGCGGCGGCUUAGCGUGUGCAAUGCUGCUAAAAGCAGCUAGCGAGCGAACAACUCGGAAUGAGGGGCCCAGUUCUGAUCAUGUCAUGUUUACAAUGGACUUUUUUGCCUUUUAAAUUCUAAUUUUCAAUAAAUAAUAACUUCUGAAUCUA